AUGAAAGCGAUAGUGGAACAUGUCCAGCUACAAUUCAUUCCGGAGAUUGACAAUAACAUUGCUUCACUCUGUGUUGAGCAGAAUGUAAUGUGUUUUGCACUGAAAACAGGAUACUUGUUCGUUAUAGACCUAGCCACACCUUCCAAAGUUGCGAAAUUUCGUUUCCCGCUGCUGGCAGCACCUCAGGAGAAAGUUCUGAAAGUUUGGAUGAAUUCUAAGGCCUCGAUGCUAUUUUUGAAAACUAACUUUGCCAAAUACUACAGUCUUUCACGAGCGAGUUUAGCAGCAAACAGCUCAGAUGGUAUAGUACAUUUGAGAAAACUCUCGAAGAAGAGCACUGAUAUCCUAGCGGUUGCCUGGGUGGAUGAAACACACAUCUUGUGUGGCACCAAAGAGGGAAGUGUUCAUUGGGUCGAUCUCGAGCAUGAAAACACAACUUCAAGGGUGUUCAGGUCCAAGGCAUCAAUAGAUGGGAUUAUCUACUCAGAGGAAAAAGGUGCAUUUUUGAGCAGCAAAGACAAAAUCUGGUUUUGGAGCAAAGCUGAUGGACCCACAAAGACCUUCGCUGGGGGUAGUGUACCUGAAAUAGAAGAGUUCGAGCAAAUGGAUACCGCGGCAGGAACGAGAUCGACCCUUUUCAACGACACAUUCGCCUGGAUCGGUGGUCCGGGCGUUAUUUUCGGAAGUGUUGCAAGGAAGACUGAUGUUUUGAGCAGUGCUACUGUUUUGCUGGCUGCUGAACUACCCGCUUCGACGCACAAGAUCAGAGACAUUUUCUUGACCAAAUAUCACGUACUAAUUCUGAGAGGAAACGAGAUUACCAUCGUCAAUAGACUCAACAACUCAGUGGUUGGACAAAAGACUAUUUGGACCAAUGGGCCUGAAAAGAUCUUAGAGCUGACCGCAGAUUAUUCUCAAAAUCCGCCCACCUUUUGGUGUCUUUCGGUCAGCAACAUCUACGAAAUCAUUGUACAGGAUGAAGCAGAAGGCAUUUGGAGAGUUUUUUCCAACCAGGGACGCUUUGACGAGGCUUUACAACUUGAUAAUUUGAACAUUGAGGAGAGAAAUCAGUUACACCUUCGUAAGGCGGAUCAUCUUUUUGCACAAGGCCACUUAAAUGAGGCUGCGGAAAGUUACGGCAGGUGUACAAGCAUUGGCACGGGGGAAGUUGCUUUGAAAUUCAUGAAAGACCCGACAGCAAUGAAAUCACUGCAGACCUAUCUCCUCACAAAGUUGGAAAAUGCAAAAGCAAAAUCAAACAAUGAAGUUCAGCUCAUUCUUCUUACCAACUGGAUAGUAUGGAACUUUGUACAAAUGUUGAACGCGAUCGAUGAUUUGAUAUCAUCAGAACAGAAUGUUCAAAAUUUGGAACCUUUGAACGUCGAGAAAAACGAGUUAAGAUCUGACUUUACUAGUUUCCUUGAAAACAAUGUCUCAAUCCUUGACAAACAAACAAUCUACCAAAUAAUGUCCCAUCAAAAUCGAAAAUUAGAGGUUUUGGCGUUUGCAAGACUUAUCAAUGAUUUCAAAUAUGUGCUAUCUUUCUGGAUAAGAUCGAAAAAUUGGUACGAGUCCUUGAAGGUUCUCAUUACAACGCAAGAUCUUCAAUGCAUAUACAAAUAUGCCACGACCUUGAUCAUAAACUCACCUGAUGCAACCGUGAACGCAUGGAUGCAGAUUCCAUCAAUAAACCCAUCGGAGCUUGUGAAUCCACUACUCACCUAUUAUGCGAGAUAUCAAAAGUUAGGACCACAAAUGAGCUCCUUGCAUACCAACACAAACUACGCAUUAAAAUACCUUAUGUGGUGUUUCAAAAAGCUUGAAUACCAACAUUCGCUCGACCCGGUAGUUUACAACGCAGCAUUGUACAUGAUGGUUGCAUCUCAUAAUGCCAAAAAUACUGAGGACGACAUAAUAGCAUUUAUUGAACAUAACAUGGGGCGGUUUGACAGCGAUUUUGUUUUACGAUUGAGUAACAAGUUUUCGAAAAAUAGAGUUUCCGUGUACUUGUUUUCUCAGCUAAAGCAAUUUGAAGAGGCAGUGAACCUUGCGGUAAAGAAAGGGUUACUAGAGGAUGCAAAGUUGGUCGUUGCAAGCCUGGAAAUGGACGCCAAUUUUCGUCUGCGGCGUAAGUUGUGGUUGACGAUUGCAAAGUCCAUGAUGCACGAUCAAACUGAUAUCAAAAGCACAAUCAAGUCUAUUUUGCGAGAUUCCAAUGACACGCUGACGAUGAAAGAUCUAUUGCCGCUAUUUGACGAAAUCACAACAAUCGCUAAUGUGAAGGACGAGCUCAUUCGAAAUUUGGAAGAGCAUAGUUCGGCUAUGACCCAGGUUACCCAGGGGAUCAAAGAAUCAAUUAAAAUUAAGAAGGAAAUUGUGGAGGAUAUCGAACUCCUCAAAACACGCUACCAGACUCUGAAACCCGGUGCAUCUUGUGGCGUGUGCUGCAAAGUCCUUCAAACACGCAAGUUUUACGUCUUUCCCUGUGGACAUUCAUUCCAUACAGACUGUUUGAUGAAAGAAAUUUUGAAUUCGUCCGACUACGCACUCCGUAACAAGAUUGAAGCAUUCCAACGUGCUGCAAUGAAAAAUCGAGUCAAGGAAACCGUUGGCCUCGAGGAGCUCGACAAAUUGUUAUCCACGAAGUGUUGUUUUUGCAGUGACAUCAGGAUAAACAGUAUUGAUGAACCACUGGAAAUAAAUGAAACAGAGCGUGAAGCAUGGCGCAUAUGA